UAAGUCGAAAGAUCUAUGAAACGUCUGUAAGCCCCAGUGUGACUCGCACUUUUCUUUCACGCCAACUCGGAGCAGUGACUCAGUGCCUCCGAUACUCAUCUCUUCUCCUACUGGUCCCUCGGCUUAGUAUAUCAUUAUGGAAGAAGUUUGUCUCAACAGUGAGCCAGUCUUUGAUGAGGGUGAUGAGUAUGAUGCUGAUGGAGACUUUGGAGUGGGACAUGAUGAUGAAGCUGGUGAAAUUCAUGCAAAGAAGGAACCUCCUCAACCUACUAUAGGUUUGGAAUUUGAUUCUUUCGAAGAAGCUUAUGAUUUUUAUAAUGUCUAUGCAAAGGAGCAGGGUUUCGGCAUCAGAGUCAGCAACUCAUGGUUUAGAUCAAAGAGAAAAGAGCGGUAUAGAGCAAAACUUAGCUGCAGCAGUGCAGGUUUCAAGAAAAAAAGUGAAGCCAAUAAUCCACGACCGGAGACAAGAACUGGUUGUCCUGCAAUGAUAGUCAUUAGACUCAUGGACUCUAAGAGGUGGAGAAUAGUUGAGGUUGAGCUUCAACACAACCAUCCUGUGAAUCCACAAAUAAAACGGUUUUACAAGUCCCACAAAAGAAUGAUUCUUGCAGCAAGAAGGGCUCAGCCACCACUGAAACCUGUUACUGAAGUGCAUACUAUUAAGUUGUAUCGAACAGCCAUUGUGGAUGCUGGGUGUAAUGGGUCUACUAGUAUUGAUGAAAGAGAGGGUUUGAAUCCCAUUGAUCACUCUAAACACUUGGAACUUAAAGAAGGAGAUGCACUUGCAGUUUAUAAUUACUUCUGUCGAAUGAAGUUAACAAAUCCAAACUUCUUUUAUUUGAUGGACCUUGACAAUGAUGGCUGCUUGAGGAAUGUGUUCUGGGCUGAUGCCAGGUCCAGGGCCUCCAGUGGCCAUUUCUGUGACACAGUUGCAAUCGACACAACAUGCAUUGCUAACAAAUAUGAAAUCCCUCUGAUUUCAUUUGUUGGUGUGAAUCACCAUGGACAACAUGUAUUGUUGGGAUGUGGCUUACUUGGGCAUGAGUCAGUAGAAUAUUUUGUUUGGAUCUUCAGGGCUUGGCUUAACUGCAUGCAAGGUCGGACUCCACAAGUUAUCAUUACUGACCAAAGCAAACCCCUGAAGAGUGCUGUCUCUGAGGUUUUCCCAAAAGCACGUCAUUGUUAUUGUAUGUUGUAUAUCAUGCAGAGAGUUCCAGAGAAGUUGGGAGGAUUGAAGGGUUAUGAAGCAAUUAAAAGUCAAUUGAAUAAAGCUAUCUAUAAGUCUUUGAAGAUAGCUGAGUUUGAAACUGCCUGGGCUGGUAUGAUCAAGCGCUACGGGCUUGGGGAUAAUAAAUGGCUGCAGACACUGUAUGAGGACCGCCAAAGGUGGGUUCCAGUGUACUUGAAGGACAUAUUUUUUGCGGGAAUGAUCCCUGUCAAAGAGAACGAGAGCUUGAAUGCAUUUUUUGAUGGUUAUGUACAUAAACAUACAUCUUUUAAGGAAUUUGUUGAUAAGUAUGAUCUGGCUCUGCACAGGAAGCACGUGAAAGAAGCCACGGCAGAUCUGGAGUCAAGAAGUACAAGUUUUGAUUUGAAAACAAGAUGUAAUUUUGAGGUGCAGCUCUCUAAAGUGUAUACAAAAGAAAUUUUUAAGAGGUUUCAGUCCGAAGUUGAAGGAAUGUACUCUUGCUUUAACACAAGACAAGUCGAUGCUAGUGGAGCAAUAAUAACGUACAUAGUGAAAGAACGAGUUGAAAUAGAGGGAAACAAGAAGGAGGUCCGGAAUUACGAGGUUUUGUAUGAGACGAGUCAGAUUGAUAUCCGGUGUAUAUGCAGUUUGUUCAACUACAAAGGGUAUCUGUGCAGGCAUGCAUUGAAUGUUCUUAACUAUAAUGGUGUUGAAGAAAUUCCUUCUCGUUAUAUUCUUCCUCGUUGGAGUAAGGAUUUUAAAUGCAGGUGUCUUCUUGACGAUGGCUUCAGUAAUGUUAGUAAUGUUGAUGUGCAUAAUCCAAUUUACUGGUAUAAUCAUCUAUAUAAAUGUGCCAUUCCCGUUGUGGAAAAAGGGGCACAAUCUCAAGAACAUCAUAAGGUAGCAUUGCAUGAAUUGGAGGAGUUGUUGAACAGAUUUAAUCUUGUAGAGGACAAUGUGGUGUAAUAGAGUUGAAAUUAUAUCAAAUCCAAUGUUUUAACUA